AAGAAGACUGCCGCUCCCUCUGGCGAGAAGAAGAAGCGCACCAAGUCCAGGAAGGAGACCUACUCCAGCUACAUCUACAAGGUCCUCAAGCAGGUUCAUCCCGACACUGGUAUCUCCAACCGCGCCAUGUCCAUCUUGAACUCUUUCGUCAACGAUAUCUUCGAGCGUGUCGCCACCGAGGCAUCCAAGCUCGCUGCCUACAACAAGAAGUCCACCAUCUCAUCACGCGAGAUCCAAACCUCUGUUCGAUUGAUCCUCCCUGGUGAGCUUGCCAAGCACGCCGUGUCUGAGGGCACCAAGGCCGUGACCAAAUACUCUUCCUCU